UUUAUUCUCCAAAAACCCAAAAUCCUAAACCCAAGAAUUCAACAGUGAUGUCGAACCCUCUCCAUCCAGACGCCUCUGUUCUUGCAAGCCUAAUGGAAUCUCACUUCAAGGAACUAGAUCUGAUCCCAGAACAGUUUCUCCAGAAGAAAGAAGAAAUGGUUCCUAUACUGGAAAACUGCUUGUCACAGUCUUGCCUUGAAGAGGGUCUUGCAGAACAAAUAGCUGUCGAUAAAAGCAAUUCAGCCCAUCGGAUUAAACCCGGUCCUGUCGACUCUGCUUUCAUCAAGGACUGCGUGGGGCAGGUUCUGAUGGCCAGCAACAAACGCUUCAUCAAAAUUAUGCAUUGCUCCCUUGUCCAAGCUGGCAAGGAGCAAGAAGCUCAAGAGUACCUCGAAAAGGUGAGCCCUGCAUCCCGGGUCAAGCACUUUGAGUCCAUCAAGACGUGGAAUUACCUUAGUCUGCCAUUCCAGGUGCUCAAGGUAAUGGAGGAUAUGGGAUUAGGCACAAAUCCGUCUAGUUUCUUCAUGCCUCCAGCACCACCUGAGGUUUUUCCCACUCCGGCACCGGGCUGGAGGCCCAGCCAAGCUAUGGCCGACGGAUGAGGCUGGCAUUGUGCCUGAGACCGAGGACAGCCCUUCAACAGCCGUGGAGCUUAACCCUGUCGGAUUAGUUCUUCAUGUUGGUGAGGUUACAGACCGGUCUAUGAUGGAUGCUGCAGCUGAACACAAGCAGAAGAAGGGGGUGAUGGAAGUAGAGGUCUCUGACACACGGACUAAGCAUCACCCAGUUAUCCUGUUUUCUUUCUUUUUACUUUGAAGACUAAAAUCAUCCUGGUUUUGCUCUUGCGGUAUUAGAAUGAUUCGAUAUAUACUUGCAGUAUGUAUUAGGAGCCAUGAC